AUGUCGACCCAGCAGCCGCAGACGCCUUUACCCCAGGUCGGGAAGCUCGUCAGUGUGGUACCAGUCGGGCUAAAAGAAGCUGCUCUCGACUCGCCCACUUUCCGUGCCACCACUCUUCACUUCUCCGACCAGAUCGAAUAUCUCGAACGAUGGCUCGACGGUUACGCGAAGGCCGCAUCGCGGCUCGCGACGGAGCUUGCGGCUCUGGAGGGUAUAGUGGGCACGUUUCUAUCCUAUUCCACGAACCCUCUCUCGGUUUCGGAAGCUACCCUGGAUCAUGAUUAUACCCUGCUCUCAAUGCGGAGAAGUGGCGAGAGUUCGAAAGACAUGUGGAAUGGCUUGGUUUUAGCAGCCCGGAAGAUAGAGACUCUAGUUUCAGAACCAAUUAGGGUGUUCAUCCAGGAAGACUUGCGGAGUUUCAAGGAGAACCGCCGCAUCCUCGAUCAUGCACAGAAACAGUACGACACGUUGCAGGCGAGAUACUCCUCUCAAUCGAAAUCUAAAGAACCCUCGUCGUUGAGGGAAGAUGCAUUUCAGCUCCACGAGGCUCGCAAGGCCUACCUUAAAGCGUCGAUGGACUUUUCCGUUCAAGCGCCGCAGAUACGAAAUGCACUAGACCGGCUGUUAAUCCGUGUUUCUUUCGAUCAAUGGAGGGAGCUGAAGACGCUUCACCACAACCAUGGAGCGGCAUUUUCGAAAUGGGGCCAAGAAAUGGACCGCAUCAAAGGUUGGCUACAUGAGAUGGAGGGCAGUGAGAGGUUCUCUAAACGGGAGCUUUUCUCUGCGAGAAGCCAGAUCGAGGAUGCUGCGGAGUCCGCUGUUCGGCCAUCGCGUGAAUUGGAGGACUACUCAAUAUCCACAGUCCCAUAUCUUGGAUCGCGCCCAAUGUCAUUUGACACAAAAGAUGCCCGUCCCGAAAAGCAAGGAUGGGUGAAUUUGCGUGUUCUUUCACACAAGCCCACCCGCGCGUCAUGGGUUAGACGUUGGGCCUUUUUAAAGAAUGGCAUCUUUGGUUGUUUGGUGCAGGGUAUACGAACCGGCGGUGUGGAAGAGACCGAGAGAAUCGGUGUCCUUCUUUGCAGCAUUCGCCCUGCUUUUCAAGAAGAACGGAGGUUCUGCUUCGAGGUUAAGACGAAGAGCAACAAUAUAAUGCUUCAGGCAGAGACACAAAAGGAGCUCAUGGAUUGGAUAGCAGCCUUUGAAGCCGCUAAGAGGAAGGCAUUGGAGAAUCCGGCUAGCACCGACCUCUCAAUUUCUGGAAAAGGAAUCGUUCAGGAUCCUGCUUUUGCCAUAUCUCAACCACCUGCCCCUGAGUUUGCAGCCGAUCCUGCCGAUUACUUGACUUCGAGUAUAAGCGAUGAACAGAGUUUGUCAGACCGCAGUGGCAUGCUUCCGCUUCCUGAACGCGAUCCGUCUGCUUUCCGGAACAGUAGUGAUCUUGGUACACACAGACGAUUGACACUGGAACCCGAGAGCCCUGCGAAGGAUCAUACCUCACGGCUUAUCCAAAAGCUUGAUCUCCACCGACGGGGCAACAACACAGUGCAGCCCUCUAGCUCCAUACCGGGAGCUGGUGGUGGCAUAGCUAGCCUUAUCUCUGCCAGUUAUAGCGCUAUCUCAUCGACCGACAUUGAUGCAAACAAGCUACUUCCACCGUCAACACUUACGCCAGCAACGUUGGCAAACCCACCAGCCCCAACAAGUCUAAGCAAAGCAGCUGUGCUCGUGAGCAACGAAAGGGGCAUAGGAGUUGGCCUCGCCGACAAAACAGGGGGUAUGCCAAGCGGCAUGAUGGCAAACCUAUGGGGAAGCUCAAAUUGGAGCUUCAUGAAUAGGCUGGAACUUGAGUACAAGGGACUUCCUGAAGAGAAAGCCCCGAGCCAGGACCCAGAAACUGCAGCACUGGACACGAAAGGCGGCCCUACUGAUGACAAACCGAAGUCACGCCACAGACCAACGGUGAGCUUGGAUGGUGAUACCUCUAAGAUUCAGCGAGCAAUCUUGGGAGAGUCGCAUGAGUAUCCGGACUAUUAUCCUCCCCAGCUGAAAAUUCAAGAUGCGCAGUUCCGACUCCUUUUCCCCAAUGUCAAAAAGGAGGAGCCUUUGGUCUUGGUAUUCCGAGCCACCUGGAAUCCUAACGAUCAGCAGGAAUUUCCUGGAAGAGCCUAUGUUACUACUCGAAACAUCUACUUCUAUAGUCACUACUUUGGCCUGGUACUUACCACGAGCGUCUCUUUGGAGAAGAUCAAGGAAGUCACGGCGGCCCCUGGGCGAGAUUGUGAUUUCUUGUUCCUUCACACUAUCCCACCACCCGGGAAUGAUACUCCUGGUCGAAUCACGGUGAAGACUUUCCUUGAGCCGCUGAAGGUUCUCCAAAAGCGGCUAAAUUUCCUCAUUCAUGAUUCCACGGCUGUUGAGCCCCUGGAGCUAGAGAGCAUUUUCAAGUCGCUCAAUAAGAUGGCUACAGAUCAGGUUACUCAGACCCCCAGUUUAGACAGCUGGGAAGACGUGGCCGCGGGAGACAAAACAGAUGAGCCUGAAGAGCACCCGAAAUCUCAUACCCGUGCACCCAUAUAUAUCGACAAGAACUUGGAUUUGAAUCGUUCUAGAGCUUCCAGUGACGCACCGAAAUUCAGGCUUCCAACCCAACCCGUGCAGUAUGUACCGCAGGGAAACCUGCGCCUGGCAGCAGAAAAGGUCUUUGAUCUUAGCACGAAGGCUGUCUUCCAUAUCCUGUUUGGUGACAAGAGUGCUGUCUGGCAACUUCUACUAUACCAGAGGAGAGCUCGAAAUAUCAGACAAGGCCCCUGGGUCAGAGAUGAUACUCGCCACUUAAAACGGGAUUUCCAGUAUCAGAUCGAAACAGCCGACAUAUUCGGUCGAACCAACACAAAGGAAAUAUCUGAUUACCAGUUAAUCGAUGUCCUCAAUGACCACCUCUGUUAUGUUGUCACAGAUAAAAGGACCCCGUGGCAUCUUCCAUUCCGACGAAAUUUCAGGCUGGUCAAUAAAAUUGUGAUCACUUUCGUCACUAAAGGGAAGUGUAAGCUAUCUGUCUACACAAAAGUGGAAUGGAUAUGGUCUCCUUAUGGUCUUCAGCACAUGAUUGAUAAACAGGCCAUGGGCGACUUGGAGGAAGAUGCUAUGGACCUUGUUGAUCUAGUUGGGGACCAAGUGCGCAAGCUCGGUGUACAAAGUCGGACUAAGAAAGCAAUCACGAUUUUCGGCCAUGUUGGACGACAGAGCCUUGCAUCGCAGUUCAAUCUUGAGCCGGAAGCAAAAGUAGAACGUCGCAGACCGCGCGUCCAGAGAACACUAUCCCAGAUGCUUUACGAGACUUUUGUUUCAUUCCUCCAGAGCGCUAUUUCGUCGAUAAUUAUCUGGGUCUUCGCCCUCCUACGCUGGACCUUUAAGACUGCAAAUGCGAACAAGGUCAUACUGGCGCUGCUUGCCUCCAGUGUCUUGUUGAAUGGCUAUUAUUCAUCGCGAUCUACUCUCGACUGGUGGCAAGAACGAAAUGUUGGGGAAUUCAUGGCUCGCAUCGGAAUUCACCCAGAUCGUGUUAUGAGCAAAGCUAUAUACAUGCGAGACAUCGACGAGGAAAUCGCCAACUCGACUGUGGGACAAAGCAGUGACAAUGUGAGUGAUUGCUUCUAUACGUUCCAGCAACAGACGAUACGAGAUUCCGCAGCUCCGCUAUCGCUGGGCACAUCCAGCCGGAAGGAGGCGGUAGCCCGGGGCGCAACCAGAAGAAUCCAGCAAACUCGCGAACGGCUCGGCGUGUAUCGAUACGACCUCCUCGUUGCCCUCCGCGUCAUCAACAGCAUCGAGAAAGAAGUCCUCCAGAGCGAGUGGGAACGUUGGCUCCAGCAAGAAGUGCGACGUUGUCGUCAGGUUGAAGGCCUGCUUGUGAACGACGCUGAUGAUAAGACCGACACAGAAGAAGGCCAGACUGUGUUAGCAGGGCUUAACGGCGACGUUAAGCAGUGGUAUGAAACGUACUGCUCUAGCUGCGAGAGGGAGCAGGAGCAAUCUGCCACCGACGUCCAGCUUGAUCGCCCGAAAGAACCGUUUCUGUAA